AUGGUCCGUUUGGCGAAAGCAAAGAAGAAGCUGAAAAAGCAGAAAGCAGCUGCCAAGGCAACAGAAGAAGAAAAGGCUGCUCUAGUGUCCUCUGAAGAUCCAGCAAGUACAAGUGGUACAGGUACAAGUGGUAAUCCCGCAGGUCCCAAUGAUACUGCCAGUACCACUAACAGUACCAUUGUCAGCACAGACUCUGGCAUUGCUGGCCGAGUGAAGCAGUUGGUCCUUUUCAUCUUGGUGGGAAUUUUGGUCCUCUAUUUCUGGGAUUCCAUUGAAUGGGAUGACACCACGGGAGAUGUUCAGAUCAAGAUUUACAAGGGAAGCAAACCAGAACAAGAUAUAGAUUUAGAUACCAGUAUAGAUGGCAAGGGAUGCAAACAGCAGUGUAAAAAGGUGCCCAACCCCAAAAAGUCACAAUUUGAUGGUGAAGAUCUCACCAUGGCCCAAAACAUGCUCACAAGGGUAGCAAAGGGUUGGAGAAAUUGGAUUGACACCACACUGAAGCAGGACUAUGGAGACUACUACCAGAAUAUUUUUGAACCAGAAGAACAUGUGCUAGAUCCAACCACCAAUCUUCCUCUCAAACAUGUCGGCAAUCAAAGAAUAUUCAGAGAUCCAUUCGAUGUCGAAUUGCCAGGUCGCAAAACACCCACUGACACCAAAGGACAAGGAUGGAAACGCAUGAUUCGAAAAUACCAAAUCAAACUACUGCAAGUGCAGCUAGGGAUCGCACAGGAACGACUUAAUCCCAAACAAUAUUGCCAGGAGCAGUGUCAACAAGAACAACAAUCCAGCCAAAGCAACGACAAUACAAAGUUGCCACCCGGUACCUAUUCCAGAUUCCUCUGGGUCAAUGGUGGCCACAGUGCUUCUGCAGCACACGGGAAUUUCUACAGAGAAUCCUACACGGCCAAUCUGGGACGAGACUUGCAACCUAUUCUCAAGGAAAUUGGGCUCGAUUGGCAGGUGAAAAACUAUGCCAUGGGCGGUACAGAGUCGGCCGAGGAGGUAGCCCUGUGCUUCAAUUCCAUUUUUGGAAAGGAUGUAGACUCCAUCUCCUGGGACUAUGGGAUGACGGAUGGACGGCACUACUACAAAAUGUUUCUAUAUGCAUAUCGCGCUGCGAGAUUGGCUCUCGUGGAGGAUAGUCGCUCACAGCCAGGAAACAUUCGACACAGACCCUCUCUCCUUUCCCUACAUCACCUCAAAGACAACAUGGAAGUGCUACAGACUAUGCAACAUUUGGGUAUGACAGCGUUGGGGUUUGAUCAGGACUAUGAAAACAAAGUAGUCAAACCAGCGUUCCCAGACAUGUUUGGAAUGACUGAUGCACAGAUUUCAGCCGUUGCACCUUUUGCACAAUACUUCAGAUGUGGCACUGACAUUGAAGGGGGAGAGCCUGGAUGUGCCGACAAUAAGUGGAAUGUAACCAUGUGCGAGGAAAGAGCUGGAAAAAAUACAUGGCAUCCAGGCUGGAGGUAUCAUGCAUUGGCUGGUCACAUGAUGGCGUUCACAAUACUUCAGAUCAUCACUGAGAGUCUUCAAGAACUCAUCAAGUUAGAACCCAAUGAGAAGGAGACUCUCGAGGAAAGACACAAUCGUAUCCAAUUGCAGUUGCAAGAACUGGAUGCUGCCGAGCAGGCGGACUAUGAGAAUAUCUUCAAGAGUCCAGUUCCGGAAAAUGUCUUGAAUCACUUUAAUUCAAUGCUGUGGAAUGGAGAGAAAGAGUUCCGGGAGAAGAACAAAGAAGCAAUGAAGAGUAUGUCCCUCGAAAUGCUCAUCAAAGACCCUUCUUUCUGCCACACAGCAAUGCUUCCAGCAGAAAUCAGGUACAAGGGACUCCUGACUGAGAACUUUGAUAGGAUUGGCAAUGCUCAUGACCAAAACUACGAGUUUGGUGUGCUCCACACAGUCAUUGAAAGCACUGAAAACCCGAAUAAAAAUUCCGGGCGACAACCAGCUUCCUACAAAGGCAAUCGUAGUGAAAGCGAUGACAGGAUGAUCAUUGGCAUGAAGGACAGUGAACAUCAGGUCUGCCCAGAGCAGCUCAAUGUGGAUUUCAAGGACUAUUUUUUAGUCACAAGCUUGGAGUCCUGGAGAUCAGUCAGAUUUCCGAAUCCGUCAUGCCAAGAGUACUACAGUGAGUUUGAUGGAAAGAACAGCAAGGGCUGGGUCUUCUUCUGUCUGUCAAAGUGUGACUGGGGAAAGUGUUCUGGUGGUGACAUGCGCAAGAUUGUGAUGGAUUUUGCACAGGACGAAGUUUUCGGGGGCAUCGAGAUGGAAGUAAACCGAGUCAAGGUGACCAGCAUGAAUUGCAUGAAUUUGUGUUGUGCCUUGAAACAUUCUCAAGAUCCAAACCCAGACAAACAGUUCAUUUGGAAACCAAAUGAGGACGGAAGAUAUGACUUCCGAGCCAGGAUCACAGGUGGAACCCAAUGGGGUUAUGCUCGAUUCAGUUCCUUCAUAGUCAUCUAA